UUCACGAAAGAUUCACGAAAGAUGUAUUUCUCUGCUCACUUCUCCCUGCUCCCCUUCCACGUACUCUCCUACCUCUACCUCCCUGUCACUUCACUCGCUCCCGAAAAGAGAGCCUGGAGGCUCGGUGAGAUGUUCAUGGGUGAAUAAGACGAAGAUUAAUAAUAAUAAUAAGCGACAUCAGACGAAGAUUUAUAAUAAUUAUAAUGAGCGGUUGAGCGUCGGCCGUUGUGAGCUUGCGGUGCAGUAAAACCGUGAAUCUGUCAAAGCGUGCGUCUGUUCCCACGCCAAUUUCACCCUCAUUGGGCAUCAUCACUACCGCAGUUGGCACAGCAAUCCGAUAACGAUUGCGGUCACCACGUGGGGCAUGAGGAGGCCGUGUGCACGCCUACCGACGUUGACUAACGACGCUUCGUUUUUUGCUUCGCAGGAUGCGGAGGAGAUGAGAAAAUGCAUCGCGGAUCUGGAACGACGGCCGACGUUGAUCGGAGACAAAGUCCACGUCGACGAGCGGCGUCUCCAGAAUAUGCUCGUUGGCGUCAACAACAUCCAGAACCAGUUGAAGAGGCUGCUGCCCAGACCUUGGGCUUACGCGAGCAACUUGACACUCGAUCCGGACACGGCCAACGUCGACCUCGUGCUGUCCAGCGACCUCCUCACGGUGUCCAACCGCAGAUCGGCGACGUCCGUGUCCGACUGCUUGUCCACAUCGCCGAUCCCCACGCCCGUCGAUGAUAACCCGAAUCGCUUCGACAUGACCUUCAAUGUCCUCUGCAAGCAGAGAUUCAGCAGCGGCACGCAUUACUUUGAGGUGUCUGUGCGGAACAAGGAGGCGUGGACGGUCGGAGUGGUGAGCGAAGGCUUCAAGCGGAAGGGCACGGGCCUCGACACUCUCAUCGGCAAGAACCCGCACUCGUGGGCACUCGUGGCUACGCACGGGAACCUGCAUGCCUGGCACAACAACAAGGCCGAACAGCUGAAAGACUGCAAGCGUUUCGAACGGCUGGGCAUCCUUCUGCGGUACGACAAUGGGCAGCUGUCGUUCUACAACGCCGACACCAACCUGGCGCUCUACACGUUCAACGCCGCCUUCUCCGGAGCCCUGACCGUCGCGCUCAACACCCGCGGCGUUGUGCGGGGGAAGAACACGCAGCCGCUGUCGCUGUGUCCGCUGCGCUUGGAGAUGGAACGCAACGACUCCGGCCGGGGCGACGAUGCCCUGAGCGUCGGCUCGGGCCGCGAGCACCACCGCCCGAGGACACUGACGAACGUCAUCGGCGACCACUUCCGGGCGGCCCUGUCCUCGCCGCGCUCCGCGCCGGCCUCCCGCGCGUCCACGCCGGACCACUCGCGGGCCUCCCCGACGGACGCGCGCGAGUCGAGCAUCCACCUCUGGCUGGGCAAGCAAGCGGCCAUGCUCCACAAGGCCGGCCCGUCGUCCGGCUCGCCCGGCGCCGGCGUCGUCCGCGCCGGCGGCGGCGGCGGCGGCGGCGGCGGCGGCGCCGGCGGCACCGGCUGGGACCCGCAGCGAGCGUCGUGCACCUCCUCCUCCUACUCGUCGUGGUCCAGCGAGGUGACGGAGCCCCCGUACGAGGAGUCGUCCUCCGACGACGCCAUUUCCGUCGACUCGAGGGUCAGCACGUCGACGCGGGCUUCCUGGUCCGUGUCGGAGAUUUUGGCGGCGGCGGCGGCGGCGGCGGCGGCGCCGGAGACUCCCAGCGCUAACGGCCUGCGAGCGGCACGGGCGCUGUCGAGCCUCGACGUGAGACGGAUCAACGAGGUCGGCAGAGGCGGGGGCGGGGAGGGGGGCGGCCCACUUCGGAUAAAGGCCCUGGACAAGGUCCGCAACGCGCUGCAGCCCAGGCUGAAGUCGGGCCCGGCGAGCAACAGCUACGUGGUGAAAUGA